CCAAGCGCUCCCCCUCACGGUGGACCCCAGGUUUCAAGCCUUUUCAACGUCAGGCCUCAACGUCGACAUUCAAAUAUUCAACCUCCAAGCUACUGCAUUCGACAUUUGCUUCAAGCGGGCCGGAUAACCAGCGAGCUGGCUUACGAGAGCAAACUCUUUUUGCACCGAAGCCUUUGCUGCGUCAAGCACGGAUAGUAGCAAGCCUCGAUCAAGGAAGUCUUCGGUUCUUCCGUACAAAGCAUCGAGAGACCAGUGACUGCGCCUCUCUGUCUCUGACUCCUUCUUUGCUCCAGCUUGCAGCUGAAGGCCAAGAUGUCCCUUGAAGCGUUCAUUGUACGACAUCCGUCGGUGUAUCUUGGCAUUGCACCAGUUGUCGCGCUGACUGCUUUGUCCAUAACUCCACCCCUUUUUCCAUUGGCAGUGCUUCUUGCAGUGUUGCGUUUGCACGUUCAAUACUUUGUUCCCCGCCAGAAGGUAACGACCCAUGGCGUUGCUCAAGUCGCACUUCUAUCGCUCGCUGGAGCGGUCACCCACCUCAAGCCGUCCUUGCAUGCAUUGUCCACUCCGGCAAUGUCAAUCGUUGUCCUCACCUGCCUCACUGCAGUCACGGCUACCAUCUCUAUCUCAGCUGUUGCGCUUGCGCUCCGACUGACAAGAUCAUCGCCAACGCCCUGGAGCACGAUCACCAUUUUUCCGGCGAUAUGGGCGACAGUUUGGGCUUCCGUGGCGUACAUCAGCCCGGUGGGAAGACUCGUCACUUGGAGUCCUGUCCUGGCACUGGGACCCUAUGACUGGGUCCGUCCCAUCAUGGGAUCGUGGGGCCUUGAUUGGGUUGUAGCGGCGUGGGCUGUCGUCUUCUCUGAGAUGGCCGGCAGAUGGUUAGUAGGAUCAGUGGGGGAUGAUCUCGACGGUGUCACAGUGGAAGAUGCCGACGAAGAGGUAGUGGUUCCAGGUACAUUUGACAACACUGCACACAAUCAACGACACGAUAACUUCAGAUCCAAAGCCCCACAGCCUCGACAUGCCUUGAUUUUGGCACUGCUCCUUGUGUCUCUCGCGAUCCCAUCCUAUUUUGUCAGCUCUCUUCCUGCGCCUCCCGACUCUCCGUACACCACGCCGUUGGGUGUCGCGUGUGUGCUUCCAGAUCCAAAGUGGUCUGGGGAGCGUCUUCAUGCACCGACCUUGGAAGACUUCAUCCUCGAGAGUACACAAUUGCAGAGUAGCACGAGCGUUAUGCUCUGGCCUGAGGGAGCAGUGCGAUUUGACACUGCUGCAGAUAAAGAUGCCGCCUUCAAAGAGAUUAUGAAGCGCAUGAAUGACCACAAGCUUGUUGGUGUCAGCUUCGAGCAGUUACUACUCCCCGGAUCCAAACAUUCGAACGGUACCAAGAAUAGUGGGUUGCGGACAAACAGUUUCGCUCUCCUCUCUAAACAGGGACCCGUCUUGGAAUAUGACAAACGGAUGCUUGUCCCGAUUGCCGAGUCGUUCUCUCUCACUUCAUCCUCAAAACCACCCGGCAUGUACACAUUGGACCUUACCGCUCCCAAAGGCUGGAGUAAAGGACACUGGGCGCCCAAUUACACGCGGCCAAUCCCGUUGACUGUCUCAAUCUGCCUCGAUUUCUCAUCGCCCUCCUCUUUUGCGUCAUUGGAUUCACGCCCUGCACUUAUCCUCGCCCCGGCACGAACAUGGCAUACCAGCGUUGGGUAUGCAAUGUGGGAACAGGCGAGGGCGCGCGCAGAGGAACUCGGGAGCAUGGUCUUGUGGUGCGACGGUGGCGAAGGCGGCGUCAGUGGUGUUGCCGGUGGAGGCAUGCGCGAGGUCAUGCAGGUAGGGCAGGGCUCGUGGUCGAGACGCAUCGGCGUGCAGUGGCCGUUUGACCAAGGUCGCACGUUCUUCUCCAUUGGAGGUGGUUAUGCGGCCUUGGCGACAGUCUGGGGAAUCGCCGGUGUGGGUUCCGUCAUAGAGAUUUCAUUUAUGGCGAUGAGGAAACGCGCUCGCGUUCAUGGGUUUGGAGUAUCACGGCUCUCGCAGGUGGUUGGUGCUUUGGGAGCGCUGAUAAGACGGCGAAAGGCGACGAUUGAAGAGGAGCCUUCGCUGCUGGAUUGAUCGAUAAGUAUCUAUAGUAUCUCAGUGUGAUGCGCCUAUGUAGCUGAAUUCCUGUGAUAUUCUACGUUACAGAGAUGUUUUGAAAAUCAGUUACUAUGUAUGACACUCGCAUUCAUGUACGUUAAAUUCGGGUCAAGCUGUCGGUACACAUGCUCGACGCCAUAUCAGACCUGCAUGCUGCCCUAGACAUUGGACAGCCCAGUGCGUUCAUACGGAAGAAAC